UUAUAAAGGGAGAGAAGAGAGUGGCGUAGUGCACAAUGUCGACGGCAUCGCUUAACACUGCCUGCCUUCGCUAUCACUCUCUUCCUCUAAACAAGUCUUCUUCUUUUCGCCCUUUUGCAAGGCUCAACCCUUCUUCUUCUUCUUCUUCUUCUAUCCCUAAUCUUAUCCAAAACAGGCCUGUUUUUGCUGCCCCUACCCCUCUUAUCACCCCGACUUGGAGAGAAGACAUGGGGAAUGGUUCAUAUGAGGAAGCCAUUGAGGCCUUGGAGAAGCUCCUCAGAGAGAAGGGAGAUUUGAAAGCAGAAGCAACAUCAAAGGUGGAGCAGAUAACAGCUGAAUUGAAGAGUGGCGGANAGUAA